CUCUGUUUUUGUAGUCUAAAGUCGAGAUUCAAAAAAGGUUUCACGUCUUCAGACGGAAGAACUGUUAACAAAAUGGCUCUAUCCAUUUUCUGAAGGUUACAUCGACAAAGUAGUGACAAUAAAGAUAAGAUUAUUGGACGAAAUUGUUUCGCCGUUGCAUUUGGAGGUCUCUCGUCUGUAUCGAAAUCCAUUGUUUUACCAACAGUGAGAAAGAGACUAAUAUCAACUUUCAUUUUUGAAAGCUGACCCUCUCGGAAUUGUAUUAUACCUUCCUGAUUCAGUAAGCCUUGGACAAACUCAGCUUUCUGAGAGCAGAUGAACCAGCACAAAAGUUUGGAAAGGGUAGAGUGUGCUUACAGCUAUGAACAAAGAGAAACAGACCUCUAAGCAGACAUAAGUUACAAAUAUACUGAGUAAUAGAUGUAAGCAAGUGACACGGCAAGGUCAGGAUUCAAAUCCAAAACCAGCGACUCUGUACGAGGUUGCCUACCGAUCGAGCUCCCGGUCGCGGCUUCAAAUCAGAGCCCAAAACCGGGCCCACUCACAUAUACCCCCCCCCCCCUUUACCAAGUGCGUAGAGGAGCCAUCGCAGCAACCAAUGCGCGCCGUGCCUUCAAAAUUUGAUCGGGUUGAGUGACAGCAAAACAGGAUUUAGGCAAAAACUUAUUUUAGUUCCUACUGGAAUAUACUCCUUGCAGAUUUGUUUUGACGGAGAUUGGGUCAAAAGAUGAAAUUUGCAGCUACCAUUCUGAUGUUGAUUAAUGUGUGGCAGCCUCUUUUUGGGACUGCAGAAAGUGCCUAUAUAAACGCCACACUGCCAUCUAGCACUACAGCCGAGAAUGGCACAAGGAUUGAUUUCAUUCUAGAUGCAUUUGAUCCACCUACAUCAAGUGUUUAUUAUUUACUAUUGAAAUUUGGAUAUGAGAAGACAGGAGCAGCAUUUAAUAGACUUUAUAAUUAUAACAAAAUCACAUCAACAUUUACUCUUCACUCUCCGAUCCCAGCAGAAUUUGUGGGAAGGCUAACCACCUCUUUGACUGGAAGCAAACCAAUGAUAUCAAUUUCUCCGAUAUUGUUCAAUGAUGAAAAUUAUCAGUUCUACUUUGAGCUGGACUAUGCAACAGCUUCAGGUGUCCCAACCAAGAUUGACAGCCAGAAGUAUAUAUUGCAAAAUAUUUACUCAAAGCCGAGAUUUGAUGAAGCUGCAUCGAUUCAAUCUUCCACUGGACUAAGAAAAGGACUUGACUCUACUAUAAGUUGUGUUGCCAGAAGCAGGCCAGUCUCAACUGUCACGUGGUCAUAUAACAAUGCAACAGUCAAUGCAACGCAAUCAUCAACGACUUCAACUAGUGGGAGCAUCAUUAGAGUAACAAGCACGUUGAGGAUAAGAAAUUCGUCUUCAUUAGCAGAUGGUGAAAAAGUCACUUGCUUUGCAUCACAUCAGUUCUCCACUCCAGUGAAUCGCAGUACAAUCCUCAGGAUGUUUAGAGCACCUUAUGAAAUCAGGUUAACAGCAACAACAACAAAUCCUGUGAAUGGUUCAUCUGUGACGUUGACCUGUUCAGCACGCGCCUACCCAGCAGCACACUUCAGAUUUGCGUAUAGCAACGGCACUGUACUCCAAGAUGGUGCAAAUCCCAAUUUUGUUAUUCCUUCCCUGAACUACAAACCUUUUCCAAGCUACAAUGUAUCGUACAGAUGCACUCCCUAUAACUCAUAUGGCGAUGCCAGUUAUCAAGAGAUCGUCCUCAAUAUUCAAGUGAGUCCACAGAUAAGAGUACAGUCUUCACUUACUGUUAUUGAGGGUCAAGAUGUUCUACUCACAUGUGUUGUGGUUGCUGCUAAUCCGAUGCCCGCAAUAACAUGGAAAGACCCAAGAAACAAUUCUUUAUCACACAGCAACGGAAUGCUCCUUCUAAGGUCCGUUCGCAGGAACCAGGCUGGUGUAUAUACAUGCAAAGCAUCAAAUGGAAUUGGAUUUCCUAAAACAAAAUCUGCUUUGAUAAAUGUACAGUAUGGACCGGAAUUUCGGAGCAGCAACACCAUCAUAACUGCCUGCAGACCAGGAACAGUUGUCAUAAGAUGUGUUGCAGAUGGAAAUCCUGCCCCAUUUGUCAGGGUAGUGUUUUUCAAAAAGGACAAGGCCCUGGGAACCAAAGAGGCUUUGUAUACAAUUACCGAUUUAGCAGACGACACUUUUGGUGUAUACAACUGCGUGGCAAAUAACUCAGUGAAGGAAGUACAAACAACAACCACAUUGGUUAAGCGAGAUUUUCCAGAUCCUGUAACAAACGUCACAUACAAAGCAACUUUGGACACAAUAGAAGUAACAUGGGCCUUGCCAGUAUGUACCGGGGCAAGUGGAAUCAAGAUGAUCAGAAUUAAACACAAGAAGAAAGAUGACUUGCAGUGGUCCGUAAAAAAUAUUAGCAGUAGUGAUGUCAAAGCCACGAUUGUUAAUCUGGACAGUGGAACAGAAUAUAUCGUGCAAAUUUUAGUUGUUGACUGGAAGAACAGAGGACAUCAAGCCCUCCAAAUUUUGCUAAGUACAGAUAAAGCAAAUACGAAUCAAUCUCAAGGAAACUCAUUAAAGAUGAAUCCAUAUGCCAUUGGAUUGUACACCGUGCUAGGCGUGGUCAUUCCAUUGCUAUUAUUGUUAAUUAUGUGUAAUCUUAGACAAAGGCGUGCCAUGAUCAAGUUAUCAGAUGCAGUGAUGAAAGGCACUACUGAAAAGAGUGCAGGUCCUUCUGAUGAUCAACAAGGAUACACAAGUCUCCGGUUUGAGAAUCGAGCUGAACCGUAUGCAACGAUUGCGAACCCUUAUCCAGAGAGCGCCGAAGGAAACACAAAUUCAAACUAUAUGGAGUUAGGCCCAAGCAGAAAUAUCGAUCAGUCGUAUACGACUCUUUCUAAAACUUAUGAAAAUAUCAACUCGCACUUGUGAUUAGAAUCUACAAGAACGGUAAUUUGCUGGAGAAUCUUAAGAAUUAGAACUACUAAACCUGCUAAUUGAAAUUGUGCUAAAGCAGAGACGCCGGAACGACAAAGAGCAAGGGGGACCGGCUUCAGUAAAAGGGCAUUUUAAAAAAUUCCCAGCUUCUACUGAUUCUCUUGAAACUGUCAUUUUAUUUCGGUGUUCUGUACUCAUCGUGUUAAUUGGCUAACUGCUGCCAUAAUAAAUUAUACAAAGCCGAGAUCAAAAGUGCUUCUAUGAAAAGUGCACUUUGACCCCCUUGCCCCUUCUAUCAAAGGGUAAAAGCGGCGGUUGCCCACCCCCCUCUUCGUCCCCCUCUCCGGCGUCCCAGUGCUAAACCUUCAAAAGUUUUUGUAAAUGGUUGCAAGUUCUGCUGAAUUCCCUUUCUAUAUUCUGACUUCGAUCCACGUUUUAAUGCAAGCUUUGUUUUCUUUCUGUCUCAGUGGCUGACCUUUCUCGCUGUAUUCAAGGGAGCCUGUUUGGUUUGAACCCAUAGCCUUUUUCACUGCAGGGCGUUAUUCUCCCCGUGACCGUGUGCCAUUGAUCAUACAAAAUCAUAGGUAAAAAAUUUCCUCACAGGAAAUUUUCAACAACGAAUAAACAAUUUGAUAGUUUUAUACACUUCACGAGAAGUUAGGCAAUUUGGAAUGAAAGAAAAGUAAUGUCAUUACAUUGAAAAUGAUCAAAAUUAUGUUUAGCACAGUGAUAUUGUGUAGGGUGUAUCUCAGUGCACCUCGCCCUUGCCCCUUCUUUUCGUAGCUCUACCCCCUGGUUUUACAAAUAAAGUCUUACUUCUAUUCAGUAUUUCUAGCAGUGUUGCUCCCUCCUCUCAAGAUUAAAGAGGUGAAUGUAUGUUAGUGUUUAUCCCUUCAUCUGUAGGUAAAAGUGUAGUUUGUACCUCGGCAGUUAUCUCCGAGCUUCCAGUUAACUUGGUAUUUGCUUCUUCCACUUGAUUUUGCCAAACGUGUCCACUUACCAGGCACUCCGACUUAAAGAAAAGGAGCCUUACAGGCUAUACAGAAAGAGCCAAUCUUCCAUAAGAUGUAUCUUUGUAUAAAUUCUUUUGCUUGCAACUCAGUCACAACACGACAGACUCAUUUCGUCUGUGCAUAAUUGUAGCUUUUUUGAUGAACAAUUCGUCAAAUCGUUUAAUUCGUUUUUGUGCCUCCUGCUUGAUUCAAACUACAUUAUUUUGACACAAUCUUUUGGCGGUACAAAAACUUAAAAAUGGCUUUGAAAAAGGCAAAUAUUUGAGUAAACUAAAGCUUUUCGUCUGACACUCUUCAGAGCUUUAAACGUCAGAACAUAGAUCGAAACCUCUACGUUAGGAAAUAUAUAUACCCAGUUAUGGAUCGAAAUAGGCCAAUCAGAAACGCGAACACAUGACUGUUGAGGCUGUCCAAUAAGUGCCGCUACCUAUAGAGAAUGUUACCAAUAGAAUCCUAAGGUGAAAACGAACUGCUUUUGGCUACACAAUAGCGUUUUUUUUUCGUGCUGAUGUAGAUAGAUUCAAAAACUGCUAUAUGGAAUGACGAUCGGGCUUUACCAAUAAUCCGAAACAUAUCACCAUUACAGCUUUUUGCACAAUCUGGGUUUUCCAAUAAAUGCUGCCCGAUAGCAGAAUCGCAGGUUUUAGUUGUACUUUUAAGAUCUGCAAGACCGAGGUGGCUUGAUGCUGGAGAAACUCUUUAAUAAAGGACGUUGUCCCAAAAGCGACGGACCGGAAGUGACGUCACGCUCAUAUUACUUAAUUAAAAAGUUAUCCUUAAUUAAAAAGUGACAAUUUACAUUAAAUGCAUCAUAUUUAAUCUAAGUAUGUUUCAUUUUGUGAAAUUCAAGGUCACGUGACACCUUCAAGCUACUCUGAAAACAUUUCCAUUGCAUAUAUAUUUUUGAAAUCCACACAAAAUAAGCUUUGAUUUGGUAUAUGGAGGCCUUCAUCCCUCCGAGUGGCAAUGAAAGUGGCUUGGCCCAUCUAGGUAUUUUGGUUUUGUGCUAGCAUGGGAACGGUUCUCCUAGUUUCGUUCAUAUUCACAUUAAAGUCACAAACAUUGUACAACUGGUGCUAUGACUUGGUUUGAUAUUUAUCUUAGAUAUCUAGGCAUAAGGGAAUUGCAUAAGGGUACUAUUGUGAUAUCUUGUAAGAAAAUAAGCACAGCCAUCCGAAGAACAGUCAACUUAACUUGCACAUUUGAAAAUUAAGGCGACACCAAAGCAUUCUUUUUUUAGCCCGCGUGCAGACUCCGUCUACAGGCUACUUGUUUAGGCAACAUCUGCAUUCGAUCUGCCAAGAAGUUACUACAUCGUACCUCAUUGACAUUAGAUUACAUUAGAUUAGUGAGUGACAUUAAAUAAAAUAAAAUGCUUAGUGAAAGUAUUUCCAAACACAGCCAUUUUUCAACUAAGGAAAUGUAUGUAACGAGUUGUAGAAUUUUACAGAUGAUUCUACCGAGGAACAAUUGAAAGUAUUAGUAAUAGUUUUGAAAUCAUCGCUGCCAAAAACCAUAUGUUUAUUAAGAUUUGGAACGAAAUGGCAAUAUAAAACACACUAGAUAACUGAAUAAACUCUUUGACUGACCAUGCUAUGUGCAUAAGGUAGAGUCUUCCACCUCAAAAAAUAUCUAGCAUGCACAUAGGCUAUAAGGCUAAUGAAAAUUAGUAUCGGACAUACUGUUAAUACCUUUUUAUGUUAACUGUGGCCAUGUAGACUUCAUCUUUGUUUGAACAUCCCUUCAAAAUACCAGCAAUAGCGAUAUCAUAAACCUUGUUUGCUUUAUACAUCUUGCCUUGCAGUUUGGUGAGAAAUUGUUUGGCGUUCACUUCAAACCAAAUCUUGAAUAAUGUCCCGGGAGUACAAAAUCUUUACAAUGCCAAUUCUCCGAAUGCUCAAGAAUCACGUGCAAUAAAGAUGUCAAUCAAAGCAGCCCUGGCAUGGGAAUUAAAAUCACAGAUAAGAAGCAUUUUCAAACAUCUCAUACUUCCAUGAAUUUUUCUAAUGCUCAACAAAAGGUACAGUUACCACCAAAUCUUUGUACCCUGACGUCAGUUUUCAAAGGUGCAUUCAACCAUCCCACUCUCACUCUUCAAACAAUGUUGAUUUUCCAUAACAUCAUGUAAAAAAAUUAAUUAGUAGGUUUUUUUCCGUGACAUCUGUCUAAACUAUCAAAUUUUUUCUGGGUAAAAGGCGGAAAUAGUAGCAGUCAGGAAAAAAUGAAGUAAUUCAAGAAGUUAAUUUCGGCUAGCAUCAUGUAUACUUCCGUUGGCCCUCUAAUCAAGCCUGUGUUCCAGACCAUUGGCUUGAAAGAUGAAAAUUUUAGAUUAGGGGUAAGCACCCUAAGUGGCUUACUGGUGUCUUUACAGCACCACAUUUACCUCAUGCGUGCAUCUGUUUUGCGUUCUAUAAUCUAUCUUUUCAGUUUAGCAUUAAGCUUUUAUCAAAAUUUUCCUUGGUAGAUGGUAAAUGGAAUUACCCUGGGAAACACUGCAAAGAGUGAUACUAGACUAUUUUACGAAAAGGCGCAACGAAAAUAAUAAAAUGAAAACAAAGGCUGAACUGACUAUCUGAACAGUUUAGUUUGGAAUAGACUAGAAUCGGAAAUGCAAAUAGUCCCUACGAUUCAGUCAUUCAAAAAGAAAUUAAAAGCUUUAAACUGAGAACAUUCAAAGAAAGCUGAUCUGCAUCUUUAUUUUAAAUUUCUUUGUAUUACAUUUAGUAGCUUCUUUAUUGUAUCAUAUUCAAUAGUUUUUAUCUUUGAUUAUAAAAAGGUUUUUAUCUUUAUGUAGUUAGGUUUAUUUUGUUAUUUUGCUGGUACAAUUGGAGAGCAGUUUAAAUUGUUACCUGAAUUGUAUCCCGGGUAAAUGUGUCUUUAAUAAAAUGAAUGAAUAAA